UUUUACAUAUGUCCAGUAUGAGUAACCUAAACUAAACUGUUUACUAUAAAAAUGGUAAUGGUCUUAAAAUAUUUGUGCCGUGUACAACCCACCAUUGUGUUUCACUUUAAAAAAGUAUGUACUAUAUUAAUUACUACGCGAUUACAAGCACAUCGAUUUUUGAAAAUGUUACAUUUGCUUCGUUUUUAAGGGAUAUACUUCUAUCUUAAAUAGUCAUCGUAAAACAUUUCAAGAUUGUGAAAAUAUUCUAAGAAACAUGGUUACAUGCUUAGCUACAGAAAAUUCAAUAGAAACUUCGAAUCUAAGUAACGGUAUGCGUCUUGUGUGCGAAUACAAAAACACUUACACCGCUACCUUAGGAUGCUUUAUUCCAGCGGGUGCGAUGCAUGAAAUGCCCGAAGAACGUGGCAGUGCACUGUUCUUGCAACAUUUACUUUUUAAGAGAACAAGACAUGCAAAUCAAGAACAAUUGGAAAAAACGUUGGAAGAGCUUGGUGGAAAAGUUAGUGCUAUUGCUAUGAGACAUAUGUUUCUCUUUUAUGGAACAGUACCUUCGCGUGAAGUAAAUAAGCUCAUUCAAUAUUUUGCAGAUGUAAUCUUGAAUGGUACCAUAUGUAAUCAAGAUGUUGAAAGAGAAAAAUGUAUAAUUUUACAUGAGCUUUCUAAAAUGGAGUUGAAUAAAGAACAAGUUGUAAUGGAUUAUCUGCCAAGUAUUGCAUAUCAAGAUACCAUGCUUGCAAACAGUAUAUAUCCCGAAACUGAUGUAAUAAAUCAAUUUUGUACAGAAAAUUUGAUUGAAUUUCGAAAACGUUUAUUUAAACCACCUUUUAUGACAUUGGUUUGUACUGGACCCAUUUCUCUACAAAAAUUAGAAGAUAUCGUUAACAAGAAUUUUACUCGCGAAACAGGAGAUUGUAAUAAUCAAUUAUCGGAACAUUCUAACGAAAUCCAAUCUUACGUAGAACCUCUCGAGUAUAGAUUCUCAGGCGCAGAAUUACGAUUAAGAGACGAUGACAGUGAAUUAGGAUACGUCGCGAUCGGAGUCGAAGGACCAAGUCACAAUGACAUCGAAGCAUAUUUUGCGCUUACAGUAGCUAAAGAGAUUAUAGGUUCUUGGAAUAUGAAGAGUAGUGGAGCAAAUCAUAAUGCACCAUACAUCGCUCACCGUGCAUUCAAUACAGAUUUAUGCCGUAUGUAUAAAUCGUUUUUUCAUAAAUGGACACAGUCUACUAGUAUUUGGGGAUGUUAUUUUGUUUGCGAUAAAUUAAGGCUCGAGGAUAUGUUACGUGUAGUACAACAGGAAUGGAUGAGAUUGUGUACAACGGUAACUAAAAAAGAAGUAUCGCGUGCUAUAAAUCAAUGCAAAACGAAAGAAUUAGUGUUAAUGAAUGAUCCGGAAAAUCGUUUUUUUUAUAUCGUUGAGAAUAUUUUUAGAUAUGGUUAUUAUGUACCCAUUCAACAGAGACUCGUAGAAUACGAGAAAAUAACAGCGGAUAAAAUAAGAGAAGUUUCUGGCAGGUAUAUUUACGAUCAAAGUCCAGCAGUCGUAGCUCUCGAUCGUAUUGAAAAUUUACCAGAAUAUUGUAGCAUAAGAAACGGGAUGUAUUUGUUACGCUACUGAAAUUCAAUAUUAAGAUAUUUAAUAAUAUAAGCUCCACGUGAUACAACAGUGAGGAAGGGAAAGAUAACGAUAAAAAUAAAAAUAGUUUCCUGUAGUUCUUAAUUGUGAAAUAAAAUACAUUUAAAUUUAUUUGCAGCAUAUUUGAAUUUUACAAUAGUUACUUUUAUUUAUAGACAUUAUUUCUUCUCUUCUCAAGAAUAAAAGCUCGCGUAAUAUGAUUGCAUGUGCGUUCUAUAAUUAGCAUAUGAGCAUUGACAUUGCUCAAGCACAGUGUUUCUCAAACUUCAUCUUCUCAUAGAUCCUCAACCACUUCUUUUUGAACGAAAAGUCGAAUGGAAAAGGUAAUAAUAGGGUAGUCCAGGGGUGAAUCUAGACUCACCAGAGCCUGAAGCUUUAAUUACUUUAAGACGCUUUUAUUGUUUUUAAAAUGUUUUACGUAAACCAAAUGAAUAUAUUUAUUCUUAUAUUGUUUUAUGUCGACCGUAGACUACUAAAAAAUGUUGUAUAAGCCAGUUACCUAG